AUUCGGUAAUGUUUUAAGGCUGUUAGGCUGAAUCAACAUCUAAAUUAUUGUGUGUCUCUUAGAACCCACCUUUAGUCGAAUUCUCAAGGGGCACAAUAACUUAUCUUUUGGAGACAUUAUGUAGGUACCUAUGUGGUAACAAAAAAAAAAUAUUAUAUCGCAAAAUAAAUUUUUACAUCACAAAAUGUUGAUAAAAAAAGCAUUGGAUGUUUUUUGAAUAUUUGUAUUCAAUGUCCAUGUACGUCAAGACUCUCUCUCGCACGCGCACUGGCUGUAUUAUGUUCUCUCUGUUACAUUCAUUUUUAACCGUCCACACCCAUACAUCGCCAACGCCUCAUAGCUCUUUAUAUUUAAUACAAAUUCUCCCAGAGAAUUGUCACUUUCUCCAAUUUUGUGAUAUCUUUUCUCACUUUCACCGGGCACGUUUCUCCCGAGCGCAACGCAACUUUGCGGAUCAAUACACAAACCUUUCCAGAUUGCCAGAACAGCUGGAAAAAGCUGGUGUGAGAUCAUUGAAUACAGUUCUUGUGCAGAGAAGAGACUAACAAAAUAUAAUAUGUGGUCGAAGUUUAUUAAACCUCAUUCCGCAACUUGUCGUAGUAGUGUUUCUAAAUUUGGCAACAAAAGUCAAUCAACAGCCGCUUGUAACAGUUUACCUGCAAAAUUCCCUGGUGAACCCAGCGGACCCUGCAUAAAAACCUCAAUUCCUGGACCUAGGACGAAGCAACUUCUAGAAGACCUUAACAAAAUACAACAAGCAAAUUCAACAUCCGUCUUCGUAAAUUAUGACAAAUGCUGUGGAAAUUACAUCGUCGACGCAGACGAUAAUACUUAUUUAGACGUUUACACCAAUAUUUCUACAAUACCGCUUGGCUAUAAUCAUCCAGAAUUGCUCCAAGUUUUCAAUAAUGAACAUGAAUUGAAAAGUCUCAUUAAUCGGCCAGCUUUGGGAAUAUUUCCUGGAGAAGAUUGGCCUAAAAGAAUGAAAAAUAUUAUGGACAUGAUAGCUCCUAGCGGCUUAACUCAACUGAAUACUAUGAUGUGCGGGGCAUGUGCCAACGAAAACGCUUUCAAACACGCAUUUAUGGCUUACAGAAGAAGAGAACGGGGAAACGACAAUUUCAGCACAGAAGAAACAGAAACAGUCCUCCUUAACCAACCUCCUGGUGCUCCAAAACUAGCCAUCAUGUCUUUCAAAAACAGCUUCCACGGUAGAACUCUCGGAACGCUCUCUGCAACAAGAUCUAAAUAUAUUCAGAAGAUUGAUAUACCUGCGUUUGAUUGGCCAUGUGCACCAUUUCCUCAGUACAAAUAUCCUUUGGAAGAAAAUGAAAAAUUUAAUAUGGAAGAAGACGAUAGAUGUUUAGCGGAAGUUGAACAUUUGAUGGAGGUGUGGUAUAAAAAAGGAACGCCAGUAGCAGGAGUUAUCGUUGAACCAAUUCAAUCCGAAGGAGGCGAUAAUCACGCAUCCCCAUACUUCUUUAGAAAAUUACAAUCAAUUGCUAGAAAGAACAAUGCUGCCUACAUAUUGGACGAGGUCCAAACAGGUGGAGGCCCAACUGGAAAGUUUUGGUGCCAUGAAUAUUUCGACUUGGAAUGCCCUCCAGACAUUGUUACUUUUAGCAAAAAGUUGCAAUUGGGAGGAUACUUCACUACUGAAGACAUGAAACCGCAGCAGCCAUUUAGGACUUUCAACACCUGGAUGGGCGAUCCAGGAAAAGUAAUUCUACUAGAAAAAUAUUUGGAGAUAAUCAAGAGGGAUAAGUUAUUGGAAAAUGUCCGUUCAACGGGAAAGUACACUUUGGAAUGUCUGAAGCAGAUUCAAAGUGAAUUUGCACCCUUUAUACAUUCAGUUAGAGGCAGGGGUACCUUUAUAGCACUCACUGCUGAAACGACAGAAAAAAGGGAUGAAAUUAUCAGAAGAUUAAGAGCAAAAGGGACUAUUUGUGGAGGUGCUCAUGAUCUAACAGUUCGUCUAAGACCAACACUGCUAUUUGCUAAACCUCAUGCGGAUAUAUUUUUGGAAAGCUUCUAUGAAGUUAUGAAAGAAAUGACAUUUUAAUGAGGAUCAACAUUUAGAAUAUAAUGGCCCAAAUUAAAGAGUUAUUGGAAAUUUUAGAUACGGUCGCGUAAUAUUAACGAAAGUUUUUUUUUUGAUUUCAUUCCUGUCUUAUGUUUUGCUUAGGCAUACACUGUUUCAAACAUAGUUAAUUGAAACCCAUGAUGCCAGCUGAAAUUAAAUUUAUCACUGUUACUAAUAAACAAAGGAUUUUUCCUCCAAAUCCAAACUGCACCUGAUUAGUUGUUACUGCUCGUCAUGAUUAUUGCGCGUCCAAUAUCUCUCUUUCAUCUAUGUAAUGUAAAAUUCAUACAAAUGCGGAUUUUAUGUAGGUUUAAACUACUAUACUUACGUCUUCCAAUAGAAAACUGUCUUCCACUUAAGUCUAAGAUAAAUUUUGAAAAAUUAUAAAAUUAAAAUAUUGAUGAGUGUUUG